GGGGAGCCCCGGGAGCGGGAGCGCGGGCCCGGCGCUGCAGAGCAGAGCGAAUCCUGAGCUCCGGCAGCAGGGUACUCUAUUUUCAUGAAUCUUGUAAAAGCCCCACUUGGAAAUGCUAAGAUCAGACAUAAGGACAGCUGAGCCCCACUAGACAUCACGAAAAGCCAUGGCUUUGGUUACAUCUUUCAACAUGGCCAAUCCACAACCUGCCAUUGAAGGAGGAAUUUCUGAAGUUGAGAUUAUCUCCCAACAAGUAGACGAAGAAACCAAGAGCAUUGCUCCGGUGCAGCUGGUGAACUUUGCCUAUCGGGACCUGCCCCUGGCUGCCGUAGACCUCUCCACAGGGGGCUCACAGCUCCUGUCGAAUUUGGACGAAGAGUACCAAAGAGAAGGGGGUUAGGAGUGUGCCAAGGUCACAGAGCCCAGAAGGGACCAACUUGGCCUGCACGUUUCUCUGCACACAGUGACGCUGAGUGUCCCGGAAGUGGGCAGAAUCCCGAUAGGUGCCUUGCAGACACUGCCUUCUUCCCUGUUCAGUGAGAGACGCAGGGGUGCUCUGAUGUUAGCUCCCCCUGUAUUGCUUGUCAAUUAAUCAGGGAUAGCUAAAAUGCAAAGCUGCUUUCCCAGCCCACUGGCACCCGCGUCUACAGGAGGAGGGCACUGGUCCUCCUUGCGGCAGGUUGCAGCAGAUUGACUCCUUCUAGAUGGGAAGUAUGAGGGGAUGGCCAAGCCUCGGAGCCAUCAGAUAUCAUCAUCACCAUCACCACCAUCAUCAUUACCUUCACCAUCACCAUGAUGCUAUUUCAGCCACACCGUGCUUUCAGGUCUGACUGGCUGAAGCCGUGCUGUGGGAAGAGAGCAGCCGUAUGGCAGGUAUUUUUGCUCAGUGCAAGUCUCAACAGUUUCCUGGUAGCCUGUGUAAUAUUGGUGGUGAUCCUCCUGACUCUGGAGCUUCUCAUAGAUACAAAGCUUCUCCAGUUUUCCAAUGCUUUCCAGUUUGCUGGUGUCAUUCACUGGAUCAGUCUGGUCAUUCUCUCUGUGUUCUUCUCAGAGACUGUCCUACGGAUCGUGGUACUGGGGAUCUGGGAUUACAUCGAAAACAAAAUAGAGGUGUUUGACGGGGCUGUGAUCAUCCUGUCCUUGGCCCCGAUGGUGGCGUCCACUGUGGCUAACGGACCCAGGAGCCCCUGGGAUGCCAUCAGCCUCAUCAUCAUGUUCCGAAUCUGGCGGGUGAAGAGGGUCAUUGAUGCCUAUGUCCUGCCAGUCAAGUUGGAGAUGGAGAUGGUCACCCAGCAGUAUGAGAAGGCCAAGGCCAUCCAAGAUGAGCAGCUGGAAAGACUGACGCAAAUCUGUCAGGAGCAAGGGUUUGAGAUCCGGCAGCUGCGUGCGCACCUGGCACAGCAGGACCUGGAUCUGGCAGCCGAGCGGGAGGCGGCGCUGCAGGCCCCACACGUGCUCAGCCAGCCACGCAGCCGCUACAAGGUCGUAGAGGCUGGCACGUGGGCCGAGGAGACAGCAGCCGAGAGCAUCGUGGAAGAGCUGAGGCCCUCUCAAGAAGCCACAGUGAAAGAUGACAUGAACAGCUACAUCAGCCAAUACUACAAUGGGCCCAGCAGUGACAGUGGAGCCCCAGAACCAGCAGUAUGUGUGGUCACUACAGCUGCCAUAGACAUCCACCAGCCCAAUGUCCCCUCAGACCUCUUCUCAGUCGACCUGCCUCUGAAGCUCAGUGGCAACAGCACCUGCGCCAGCGCCACCUCGGAGACCACCUCCCACUCUACCUGUGGCUCAGUCACCAGGGCCCAGAGUGCCAGCAGCCAGACACUGGGUUCCUCCACAGACUGUAGCACCCCCCGGGAAGAGCUGCUGCCCUCUAAGCCCAGAUCUUCUCCCCUGCCACUGCUUCUGCCCCCUCAGCAGCUGGUGGCAGAGGCCACAGUCCAGGACCUGAUGUCCUCUCUGUCAAAGGACCCCUGCCCAUCCCAUAAGGCCUUGGACCCAGCACCCCUGGCCCAGCCUACCCCACUGGGCUCAGUCCAGACCAGCCCUGAGCUGGAGCAUAGGGUGAGUCUGUUCAACCAGAAGAACCAGGAGGCUCUCCCUGUUCUUCAGAUCAACCCUGUCAUCCACUUGCAGCCCACAGCGGGGCUGGAGGAGAAGUUCAGAUCUUUGGAAUCCAAAGAGCCAAAGUUGCAUACAGUUCCUGAGGCCUAGAGAGCCUACUGGCUUGUUGAGUGCAAAGAGGGGAGACAGCCAUCUUGGUACUUCAGGACCCCAGAGGCCACCCACGGCCAUACAAGGGGCUCAGGAUCCCAUCUGAUCUCCCACAGGGUGCUGUCUGCCUCCAGGGAGGUGACGCCAGGCAGAGGCCACAUGCCUCAGACCUCAGUCAGAGUCCAGAGCUGGGGCCUCCUUUUGCCCUACUCAGGAGAGGGUGGUGCUCCUGGCUGGGGUUUUGGGUUUUUGUUUUAUUUGUUGUAUUGUUUUGUUUUUUAAAACCAUUUUUAUAAAAACCAGCCUAUGGCCCAGCUUCAGCAGGGUAGAGUGUGGGGGCCAGCUCAGCCUCUUUCGUUGCCUUCGUUCCUGAUGCCCACCCCGGAUUCUCGGGGACAGCACUGUGAGCAGGGGCUGCACAGCCUCACCCCAAGCCGUCUUUCCAGAAAUGCUGAGGGAGCCGCCACAACCACGGAGACCACACCCGAGCCUGUCUCACCUGCCAUUCUCUCAUUCCAGCAUGGACAUUUCCAAGUCUUCACAGGCCAUGAGGGGAUGGAUCUGGAAGCGGGAGGGGGAUGGGAGGGGAGGGACAGCCAUUUUAUGACCCUGGCUUUAAUAAUAAAAACCAGCUGCACUGAGA